AGAUUAUUAUAAUUCAAAACGCUAAAACGGCGAAGUUUUGCACUCCAUCCUCCGGCCUCUGGAAAAACUCCACGAUCUAUGUGCCUCCUGGCGCAAAUUUCCAACAUUUUGUCGAAGCAAGCGAAUCAAACAACGCAACAGCAAGCGGAGCAACUGUGGAUCUAAACUGCAAGGAUUACCAUACCAUACUUUUUCUUUUAUCAUAAUCACACCUACAAAACGGAAUGAUGGAAACAAACAACCAGAUAAGCACAGAGAAGUAUGCUGCUGAUAUCUCUUCCAUAGGAGAUGCACAAGUGCGCAUCAAUUCAUUUGUUCACAAAACACCAGUUCUUACCUCAGAAUCUCUAAAUGCCAUGUCUAGAAGGAAGCUAUUCUUUAAAUGUGAAUGUUUUCAGAAGGGUGGAGCAUUCAAAUUCAGAGGGGCCUGCAAUGCCAUAUUUUCUCUUGAUGGUGAUCAGGCAGCUAAAGGGGUUGUAACACAUAGCAGUGGCAACCAUGCUGCAGCAUUAUCUUUGGCUGCAAAAUUACGUGGGAUCCCAGCAUAUGUAGUUAUACCAAAAAAUGCUCCAAAAUGCAAAAUUGAGAAUGUCAAACGUUACGGUGGUCAGAUUAUAUGGAGUGAGCCUACAGUACAGUCUAGGGAAAGUGUUGCAACCAAGGUAUUGCAAGAAACUGGUGCAGCUCUUAUUCAUCCAUAUAAUGAUGGGCGCAUUAUAAGUGGACAGGGUACCAUAUCAUUGGAGAUUCUGGAGCAAGCCCCGCAAAUUGACACUAUAAUUGUUCCCAUAAGUGGAGGCGGUUUAAUAUCAGGAGUGGCAUUGGCUGCUAAGUCCAUCAACCCUUCUAUUCGAGUUUUGGCUGCAGAACCUAGGGGAGCUAAUGAUGCAGCUCAAUCCAAAGCAGCUGGUGAGAUUGUAAGAUUGCCUGAAACCAACACUAUUGCUGAUGGACUCCGAGCUUUUCUUGGAAGUUUGACAUGGCCUAUAGUACGUGAUUUUGUAGAUGACGUUAUAGUUGUGGAAGAUAAGGAGAUUUUAGAAGCCAUGAAACUCUGUUAUGAGAUUCUGAAAGUUGCCAUAGAACCUAGUGGAGCUAUUGGCCUUGCAGCUGUUUUAUGUGAUAGUUUCCAAAAAAACCCCAGGUGGAAGGAUUGCAGCAACAUAGCUAUCAUACUUUCAGGAGGUAAUGUUGAUCUUGGUGUCCUUUGGGAUUCAUUCGGAAGAUAACAGUCAAAUUAUUGGUCCAUUUAGUCCUCGUUCCUAUGGAGCUUGUUUAUUGAUGAUUAAGGACAAAUGUUACUCUGGCUGGAGUCAUUACUGCAUUUGAUAUUUCAUUUACCCUCAUUGCGCUUUAA